UACCCGCCAAAAUGUCAUUUUAAUUCCGCUUGUGAAGUGUAAUAUACGUCCUCAAUUUUUAUUAAAUAUUUAUAUGUAAAUAAUUAUUUUUUUAUAAAAUUUAGUAUUAUUGUGAAAGAAUGUCGUUGAAUAAAAAACCUAUGCGAUAUGCGCAUCCGGAAGGCCACACGGAUGUCUGUUAUUUUUCCGGAGAAAAAGGUGGCCUCAUUACAUGUGGUUCUGAUGGAGAUGUUAGAUUCUGGUUGAAUUUAACGGACGAUGAUCCAGCGACAAGUUGUGUCUCAGAACAAUCGACAACUGUUAUUUCAAAAAAUGGUAAAAUCUACGUAGGUAAUGACAACAAUACAGUUCAAAUACUCAGCUAUCCUGAUCUUGAAAAAGAAGGAAUCGUCACGAGAUUCGGAGCAACUAUUUCAGCUUUAACUACAACUAAAAAGAGUAAACUUAUUGCAUCCGGUGCAUGUGAUAUGAAAAUCCACGUAACAAACAUUGAUACACUCGAAACGACAGAAUUGUCCGGUCAUGAUGCACCAAUAUUAGGUUUAUCUUUAGAUCCAAAAGAAGAAUUUCUCGCGUCUUCAAGUGCUGAUGGUACAAUUCGUGUUUGGAAUAUUAAAGAGAAACGAAGUGUUCAUACAUGGAAUAAUGUGGUGCCAAAGUGUAAUUCGUUUUUAACAGCGAAAAUCUAUUGUGUUCCUUCGUUUAAUUGCAAAAAUGGCGAUUUUCUCGCAUAUCCUCAUGGAAAGGACGUUGUUGUCGUUGAAAGAUCAACUUGGAAAGAGACCUUCCGACUAAAAUGUCCAGAUCUUAAAACUGAAAUAAGUAUAUGCAAAUUUUCCGAAUGCGGCACACGUUUAGCGGCAAGUUCGUUUUACGGUGAGAUAGUUGUGUGGGAUUUGGAAAAUAAAGCAGUUUUAGGUCACAUUGAACAUCAACAAAAUGCAAAAAUUACAUCAUUUUGUUGGCAUCCGGAGAAGCCGAAAGAAAUCGUUUUUUGUGAUGCAUUGGGUCAAAUGGGUUGCAUUGAAGUGCUAAGCGCUGAAAUGGAACAUUCAGACAGUUUGGAUCCGGCCGAUUCGAUAAUAAAUGGAAACGACUAUAAUAAUGGAUUGGAAUUCGGCGUCGAUAUCGACGAUGACGAUGAGGACGAUGAGAAUGUUAUAUCAUUGAAUAAAAUCAAAUCAUCCGUUAAUCUCGAUCCGGAUCAAAAAAGUGUCACUGACAUUUUAACAGAGAGAGUUGCCGAAGAGACGAAAAAAUUGCUACCAGUUAUUAAUUUACAAGAACCGUUUCAACCGAGUUCUACUCCCGAACAUUUACUCUCACGUUACAUGGUGUGGAAUGACGUGGGAAUUGUAAUGUGUUUCACCGUGGAUGAUGGUGAAGAGUCUUCGAGUAUAGAAGUGCAAUUUCACGAUUCGUCUGUUCAUCAUUCAAUUCGAAUUAGCAAUUAUUUGCAUCAUACAAUGGCGGCACUUUCCACUGAAGCACUUGCCAUGUGUUGUACAUCGAACGAUGAAACGCCAAGCAAACUCGUUGUUGUUGUACUACAAGGUUGGGGUUCGGGAAACAAAGAAUGGUCCGUCGAUCUACCAGAAGGCGAAGAAGCUCAAUGUGUUGCUGUUGGCACAACUUUUGUAGCCGUUGCUACCGAUAGACGAAAUCUUCGAAUUUUCAUGAUCGGCGGCACUCAACGUGAAAUAAUUGCAAUUCCUGGACCUGUUGUUGCCAUGAACGGAUUCAAUAAUCAUCUUCUAGUAACUUAUCACACAGGAAUAGGCGCAUCUGACGAUCAACAUAUGAGUAUGCUGUGGAUAAGAAUUAUUGGACAAAAUUUACGCAGUGAAAAAUUGGAAGUGCCAUUAUCGCCAAAAUCGAAAUUAAUGUGGCUUGGAUUGUCCAAUCUUCAUUCACCGACAAUAAUGGAUUCCGACGGAGUAAUUAAAAUGUAUAACAAGAAAUCAUCAAUGUGGAUGGUGGCAUGCGACACAGACAGACAGCCAAAGGGUAAAAUGGACAAUUUCUUUAUAAUUGGAAUCAGUGAAACUGAAAGAAUCAUAAGAUGCAUUCUUUGCAAAGGAAGUUUCUAUCCCCCGACUAAUCCAAGACCAAUUGUUCAAGAAAUACCAAUAAUAAUACCUCUUUGUGAACCUGACACAGAAAAAUCAGAGAAAGAAGCUAAAGUCUGGCAAAUUGGAAGUCUUCCCGAGGAAGAAAACGAAGCCGUCCUUAUGCUUAUCGCGCUCGCAUGUCGCAGUAAAGUUGAAUUCCGAGCCGUUGAAUUGUGUCAACAAAUUGCAUCACCAAAAGUAAUUGAUUUGGCCAUUAAGUACGCCGCUCGUAAUGGUAAAAUGGCUCUCGCUAAUAAAUUAGAAUCAAUUGGUGAAAAUAAAAUUCAAGAGCAAGAGAAACAGGAAUUGGAAAAGGAGGAAGCCGAUAAAGCAAAUGAAAUUAAUGAAAUUGAAGAAGAACCAAUAUUACCAGCUCUCGUUAAAAAACCCGAGAUUGAAAUUCGACCACUAACAUAUAGUCAAGGCUUGAAAAAAAAUCCAUUUAUAAAGACAAAAAAACCACAACAAGUCUCUAGUUUAUUAGCGCUCGAUAUGCGUGAGGAGACAAAAAAAUUGCCAAUAACGUCGCCGGUGAUGCAGAAACAAACAAAAAAGCCAACAAUAAAAACAAAAGAGAAAUUACCGACGAAAAAAGAGAGUUACGUAAAAUGGUACGUCCGGAAUAAACAGAAAUUAGAGGAGGAAUUCCCCGGUAUGACUGCAACCGAAUUAACCGCAAAAUGUUUAGAAAAAUACAGAAAUUUACCAGAUGAUGCUGAUUCACCUUCAUCAGCAUCACCAUUAUUGUUAUCAUUAUCAAAGGACGAUAAUGAAGAGACAAGAAAGAGAAAAUUGAGUGAAACUGACGAUACGCCACCGAUUGAAAGUGAGUCAAAAAAAUCCGCUUUGAGUAAACUCGCCGCUUUUAUUCGCAAUGACGAGAAUUAAUUUUUAAACAUGGAAAUUAUAAAAAUAUUAAAAAUUAAAAAUUGAUUCGAAUUCUUUUUUGUACAGAAGAGAAAAAGAGAGGUAUUUAAAUAUAAUAUUAUUCUUUA